AUGAAAAUGCUGAAUCCGCACAAACCCCAGCUGCAACGCCGGAUCGUUGGCUCAACCAACCGGUGGCGUUUCCCCAGAAAGCCUUUUGUGGGGGACCUGCUGGCGCUUUCCCAGAUGUGCAAGGCUGUCAGCGUAGACUUUGAUGAAGUUCUGAAGAACCCAGACAGGUUAUGCAUUUCACAAAUUCAGAAAAAUUUCACUGAGAAUUUGAAGAACAAGGCCAUCCAAAGCGGGGAGGCAGGUGUGAUUCUCGAAUGCCUUGGCUUCAGAUGGGAACUCCAUCAGCCCCAGCUUUUUCAGUCCGAGACCUUGACCAAGCUUUACAUGAUCGCUCUGGCCCGGGCCAACGCAAACCCGGAGAAGGAGCUGGAGACGCUUCUGCCAGCCCAGUUGCCCGGGAAGAUGAAAGAACAACGCCCCGUAAAGAAGAUGAUCGUUUCCUUGAAGAUCAAUGACCCUCUGGUCACCGAAGCUGCCUUCGCCGUGGCCCUGAAGAAUCUCUACCUGCGCGAGGUAAAGGUGAGCGUGGACGACGUGCUGGGUGUGCUGGCUGCAGCCCACAUUCUUCAGUUCUGCAGCCUGUUUCAAAGGUGUGUGACCACGAUGAUGAACGGACUCACGCCGAGCACCAUCAAGAACUUCUACCUGGCCGGCUGCAAGUACAAGGAAGAGCCGCUCACCACUGCCUGCGAGAAGUGGAUGGAGAUGAACUUGGUCCCUCUGGUGGGGACACAGAUCCACCUCCGGAAAAUCCCGCAGGAGCUGCUGCACAAAGUGCUGAGGUCCCCCAGGUUGUUUACUUUUAGCGAGUUUCACCUUCUGAAAACACUUCUUUUGUGGGUCUACUUGCAACUAAACAACAAAGCUCAGACAAUUCCGAUGUACGAAACUGUGCUCUCGUUUUUUAGCAGCUUCCCCAAGAAGUGUUCCUUUCUGGACCGGGAUGUGGGACAGAACUGGAUGCCGCUCUUCCUUUGCCUGCGUCUGCACGGCAUCACCAAAGGCAAGGAUCUGGAGGAGCUACGGCACAUUAACUUCUUCCCUGAAUCCUGGCUGGUCCGGGUUAUAGCCAACCAUUACCAUGCGCUGGAGAAUGGGGGCGACAUGGCCCACGUGAAAGAUCUUACCACCCAGGGGGUGAGAUUCGGGCUGCUCUUUAACCAGGAGUAUACUACACAUUCAAAAGUGAUCGCCAUAUAUGGAUUCUUCUUUGAGAUAAAGGGAAUCAAACAUGAUACUACUUCAUAUAGUUUUCAUAUGCAGAGAAUAAGGCACACCGACUUGGAAUUUGCCUCCUCCGUCUAUGAGCACAGCCCCAUCAGCCUGAGAGCAGAGCGCUUGGUGACGUACGAGAUCAGAGCCCAGACCCUGGUGGACGGCAAGUGGCGAGAGUUCACGACGAACCAGAUCAAGCAAAAGUUUGGGUUGGUCAAGUCGUCCUGCAAAAGCCACGCCUUGAAAAUCCAAACUGUGGGCAUCCCAAUCUAUGCAAGUUUUUCAUUCGUCUUCUCAUUAUCGUAA